GAUCAUGGUAUCGUAAGAUAUUUAACAGUGGUCCCAUUCUUUCUUUCUUUCCACCACUAUGUGGAAUCCUAUCACUGUCGGGCAAUCUGCUACUCACCCGUUUACAGAUUAUUCUCGCUGGAGACUUCUCGUCAACGACGGUGGCAGACACACAUGGCACUAUCCCCGAACAGACGAGGAACUCGCCAACUGGCCUCAAAAUACAGUUGAUGAAUUUUGGUUAGGUUUGAACACUGGCCUACCAGAGCUUCCCCCGGCAAAGGACGCAUACGAAGCUGCGCGAAACGGGUACGAGUUCUACAAGCACCUACAGGCUCAUGACGGCCACUGGCCUGGAGAAUAUGGAGGCCCAAUGUUCCUGCUUCCUGGCUUGGUAAUAGGGUCCUAUGUUAGCGGCAUGGGAUUCAAAGAGGAGGAGCGGUUGGAGAUGAUUCGGUAUUUAAUGAACCGUGCGCAUCCCGAAGAUGGAGAAGGCCAUUCAACUGUCUUUGGCACUGGACUUAACUAUGCUGCCAUCCGUAUACUCGGCCUUGAUGCUGAUCAUCCUGUCUGCGUGAAAGCCCGUGCUACUCUUCAUAAACUUGGUGGUGCAACAGCUAUACCCGCAUGGGGUAAAUUCUGGCUAUCAAUUUUGAACUGCUACGACUGGGCAGGCAAUAACCCUGUACCCCCUGAGUUGUGGCUCCUGCCAGAUUGGGUCCCAUUCCACCCUCACCGAUGGUGGAUCCACACUCGCACUGUCUACGUCCCUAUGAGCUAUCUCUACGGCGUCAGAUAUACCAUGGAAGAAAACGAUCUCAUUCUUUCUCUACGACAAGAAUUAUACCCACAAGACUACUAUACCAUCAACUGGCCCGCCCAACGAAACAACGUCUCAAAAGCCGACCUAUAUGCACCACACAGUGGGAUCUUCGAUGCUCUCAACGUUGUUCUAUCAAGCUACGAACAUUGUAACAUUCCUCCCCUCCGACGCGCCGGCGUCGCCAAAGCCUAUGAGCUCAUCGUGCGUGAGGACGAGAACACGGAAUACCAGACCCUCGGCCCUGUCUCGAAGAUGUUCAACCUCAUCGCUCGAGCACACGCUGAAGGCCCCGAGAGUUUCGCAUACAAACAGCACGCUAUCAAGCGGCAGGAUUUUAUGUGGAUAGGUGCCGAGGGGAUGAUGAUGUGUGGAACUAAUGGGAGCCAGUUGUGGGAUACGGGAUUUAUCACGCAGGCAUUGGUGGAGACGGGCUUGGCGGAUUUGGAGGAAAAUAAGAAGGGGUUGAUCAAGGCUCUCGAGUGGCUCAAUGAGGCUCAAAUCAGGGAUAACCCGAAACACUAUCAUUCAUCUUAUAGGCACACGACUAAGGGUGCUUGGGGGUUUAGCACGAAGGAACAAGGAUACACUGUCAGCGAUUGUACGGGAGAGGGCCUAAAGGCAGUCAUGUACCUGCAACACGACCUUGACUUCACACCCAAACUUGUAUCCGAGCGCAGAAUGUGCGAUGCUAUCGACGUAAUGCUGACUUUGCAAAACCCGAACGGUGGAUUUGCAAGCUACGAGCUCAUACGGGGUCCCUUUUGGAUGGAAAUCCUCAACCCUGCAGAAGUCUUCGGUGAUAUUAUGAUCGAGUACUGCUACCCCGAAUGCACAACCUCUGUCCUCACAUCCCUCGCCAUCUUCAGGAAACACUACCCCCAAUAUCGUUCCAAGGACAUCGAGCGCACCUUGAAACAUGCGAUUGAAUACCUCCACAAUGCACAAAAGCCCGAAGGAGGCUGGGUGGGUUCCUGGGGGAUCUGCUUCACCUACGCUACCCAAUUUGCAUUAGAGAGUCUCUCCCUCGUCGGUGAGACCUACGAGACAAGUCCGUAUUCACGCAGAGCCUGUGAAUUCUUGUUGAAGAAGCAGAGGAAGGAUGGGGGGUGGGGUGAGAGCUAUAAAUCGUGCGAGCAGAGCGCAUGGGUCGAGCAUGAGAACAGCCAAGUCGUGCAAACCUGCUGGGCGGUGAUGUCCCUGAUGUAUGCCCGGUACCCAUACCCCGAGCCCAUCGAAAAAGGCGUGCGGCUUGUCAUGUCGCGCCAACUUCCUAACGGCUCCUGGCCACAAGAAGCUAUCGAAGGGGUAUUCAACAAAACAUGCGCUAUUGCCUACCCCAAUUUCAAGUUCUCGUUUCCAAUAUGGAUGUUGGGCAAGGCGCACAAGUACCUAGCUGAGCUCAAGGGUGGGAGUGGGAGAAAUGGGCUUUCGUCGAACGGAGUGAAUGGAUAUCAUUAA